GUCUGGUCUGAUGUGGUCUGGCUCAAUCCACCUCACCUCAACUCAACAACCAACCUCUCCUCUUCUCUCCUCUCCUCUCCUCUCCUCUCCUCUCCUCUCCUCUCCUCUCCUCUCCUCUCCUCUCCUCUCCUCUCUCCUCAUCGGCAUCGGUAUCGGCAUCGUGAGCCCAACACCACACACAUUGUGAUGAAGCCACCAUACGAGCAAGCUUCCUUUCGCACCCUGAGUCGUACAAAGUCCAUGUCCUGUCAGAAAGCCCCACUGGCUUUUUUUUUGGUCGAUAUAUGCACAGAUGUGCUUUCCGACCCAUGAGGUCCAUGGGUCUGCCCUGCCUCUGUGACUCUGGCAAGCCGUGGCUGCUGAUUUUCAUGACUAUCUCCCUGUUCCCCGGACUGACCGCCAUCACACUGUUACUUUCUUAAACAAGCGCGAUAGUAAAGGUCGAGCGCCAGCCGAAAAGAGACAUUGGCAUCUCCAUAUUUUCCAUAUUCCUUUUGAUAUCGGUCCUAGCUUUCCUUGCCUACCGCCGUUUCUCCACCAUCAUGCCGCCAGUAGUCGAUGUGCGUUUGAUAGUAAGUACCACCAUUAACCAGCACAGCUGCAGGAACCAGAUGUGAUGUGAUUCGGCCAUGGCUUUGUUCACAAUUCACAGACUGGAGCCGUUGUUGCCAUGGCUCACUCUAGGGGCAAGAAGAAAAGCACACAAAGGUCGAGGGAUGCCCCCCCACCACACCUCAUAGUGAUGCUGAGCAUGAAGCUGUUGCCGUUCUGUUCCACCAAAAAGCACCUUCGAACGUGAUUGUGCAACACGUCAUAACAGAAAUUCUUCCAGCUUACGGUAACAAAGGCAGCUGAUAGGUGUCGGGACGAGCAUUGGAGCGAGCGGCCAAUUGAGCUGAGAGUUGUAAGCAGAAUUCCAAGCAUUUCAAAGCAGACACAUCUCACUUAGACAUUGUGAGAGAAGAACAGACCAAAAAAUCUUUCUCUCAGAGUCAGACGUACAUCUUGUCGGAAGGCUGCACUUCCACCUUUGCUAGGACACUGCGCUUGCUUCGUAUUGGACGAAACGCCGAGACGGACCAGUGGACCCCACGGAUAUCCAACCACCUACAAUAAACACGGCGCCAUAUUAUCCAGUCAGGAUCAUUCGAACAUUUCAGGCGAUAAUCUCAGACCACGCCCUAGAAAUAUAAAUACCCCACGUCUCUCACUUUCGUACACCUCACCUCAAUUGAAUUCAACUCAAUUCAAUUCACCAUACAGUAUUCUUUUGGGAUUUUGCGUCGCUGGCCUUGCCUUCCAUUGCUCUGCGUUGUUCUGUCCUGCCCCUCCUGUCCUGGCUCCUUGCUGUGUUGUGUCCUUGACGGCAUCAGCCUCUCCUUCUCUGCCUACCUACGUACCCUACAAGUGAUUCAGGUGGUCUGGCCUGGCCGCGAGGUCGUGGUCGUCUUUUGUCGGCCGCCUCUCCACCUAUAGGUACACCUUUGUCGCAUAGUCGUACCUUCCACCUCAAAUACAGACACUACGUGCCUAUUCUAGGCAGGUCCCUACCUAGCUAGUCCCGUGGGAGAAAACUUCCACAGUCAGCCUCAACCCUCUCGACUUCUUCGCCUCUCAACUUUGCUGUCUGUCAAUCUUGGAACCGCCUCCUCGAUCUCAAUCUCAAUCCCAACUUCACCUCGGUCCUCGAUAGACCCGCUGACCGUCGUUACUGUGACAGCUGCGCCUAGCUCGCCUUAGCUCUAGAUCCGGUUGCCUCUGGGGACCUCAGCCAUGAUCACAGCAAUGGCUCCAACAGCUCCGGAUCAGCUCUGGACCGCCGUCCGAGCCAUUCAUUAUGGCUUCCCUGCCUUGGUAUCGUUGUACUUCCUCGUCACGCUCGCCGCUACUGUCUGCACACUACAAACACGCCAACUCCGGGUCCAAGAUCAGCCUGUUCGCCGCGAUGUUAUGCUUGGACUCAUAUUCGCAGUCGCCUUGACUUACUUACUAGAGACAUUCACUACUGUUCUCGAAGCAUUCUUCACUGGUAACUAUCCAGCACAAGAUCUGGUUAUUUACCUCAUCGCUUCGACCAUUUUCUUCGGCGUUCAGUGUCUUGCCUUGACUGAUAGCAAGUUUCCGGUGUGGUAUCCAUAUUUCGGAACGUGGUUCAUCGGCAUCGCCGUGGAACUUGUUCUGCUUGUUGUCCCCAAUGUUUUUGAUCCCCCAAAACACCCUUUCGAUUUUGCCAUUCUGGUGAUCCAAAUCUUCAGAACCAGCUUCUUCAUCAUCCUGCCGUCGCUAUAUUUUGGCUUGCGCAACGAUAACAAGCUCUACGAAGACAGCGACGUCGAGCGUCAAGCCCUUCUGAAGAAGAAACUGGGCCAGAAGCCAUCCAGCGAAGCAUCUACCUUGAAUGAAAAUGGUUACGGCACGACUACGGAUAACUCGCAGGAUUCCGACACUGCCGACAAUGCCAGUGAUACUUCCGGAGACUCGUACCUUGCUGAGCAACGAAAGAUGCAAGCAAGAAUCGAUAAGCGCUUGGAGCAAGAUGGCAACUGGUUCGCAUAUGCCAAGGGGUUCACGAUCUUCUUUCCCUACGUCUGGCCUUACCACAACAGAUUUCUACAGUUCAGAGCCGUGCUUGUUGGAUUUUGUCUCUUAGCAACCAAUGCUCUGAACGUAUUGGUUCCCAAUCAGAUGGGUGUCAUGAUCGACAGCUUGACGAGUUAUCACAAUGGAGAUAAAUCAUCUAGCAUAUGGCUUCCGAUCGCCAUCUAUGCUGCGCUCCGAUUCGUCAGCGGUGGUGCCGGAAUUGGUUGGCUCAAGACGUGGCUCUGGAUGCCGCUCGAGCAGUAUUCAUACAAUGCUUUGAGUACUGCAGCGCAUGCACAUUUGAUGAGUCUCUCGUCUGAUUUCCACGAGAACAAGAACAGCUCCGACCUGACCCAAGCUGUUCAUGGAGGCAGAACGGUUACGGACUUACUUGAUAUUGUAUGCUUCCAAGUCGUCCCGAUGUUCAUUGAUCUUGCCAUCGCCUUUGCAUACCUCUGGUCAUUGUUCGGUGCAUAUAUGGGUCUCAUUAUGGUGUCAACUGUCGUGUCUUAUCUCUACAUCACUACGAAGUUGUAUUCCCGGAGAGCUGGGAUCCGCCGCGAUUUCAUCACGAUUUUCAGGCGGGAAUGGACGUUAGGGCAACAGUCACUUGAUGGCUGGAGUACUGCGAGUCUUUUCAACAUGAUCCCAUAUGAACAAGAGAGAUAUUCUGGAGCUGUAAAGGAUCACAUGAAGUCAAAAGGAGCUUACGAAAUGUCUUCGCAAGCCAUCAUUGCCACACAGGCCUUGAUUCUUACCCUCGGAUUGCUGGGAGCUCUCGGGCUUGGGGUUUAUCAAGUCGCUUAUGAAGGGCAGUCAGUCGGAAAAUUUACAACGCUAUUGGUCUAUUGGGGCCAACUACAAAGUCCUCUGACCUUCUUUAGUACUAUGUAUAAGCAGAUUUCUUACAGCUUGAUGGACGCUGAGCAGUUACUGGAGCUCUUCCGAACCAAACCAUCAAUAGUGGACGCGCCAGAUGCAAAGCCACUGAAGCUUGGAGACGGGGUCGUGAAGUUCAACAAUGUCUCGUUUGCUUACGAUCAGCGCAAGCCUACUUUGGCCAAUGUCAGUUUCAAUGUACCUUCUGGAAAGACGGUUGCUCUGGUUGGUGAGACUGGCGGUGGAAAGUCUACGAUCCUAAAACUCAUCGACCGUUUCUACGAAGUUACCUCUGGAUCUAUCUCCAUUGAUGACCAAGAUAUUCGCCAGGUCACACUAGACAGUCUGCGAGAAAGAAUCGGUGUUGUACCUCAAGAGCCAAUGCUCUUCAAUGACACGAUCAUGAAUAAUAUUCGAUACGCAAGAUUGUCUGCCUCGGAUCAGGAAGUUCAUGAAGCUUGUAGAGCUGCUGUAAUUCACGACAAAAUCGAGUCAUUCCCUGAUGGUUACAAUUCCAAGGUCGGUGACCGCGGCGUCAAGUUGUCUGGAGGCGAAAAACAACGUGUUGCUAUUGCUCGAGCCAUCCUCAAGCGUCCUGAUAUAAUUUUGCUUGACGAAGCGACCAGUGCUGUUGAUACGGAAACAGAGCAAUUGAUCCAGGAGGGCUUCAAGACUCUUUGUCAAGGCCGGACUACAAUCGUCGUUGCCCAUCGUUUGUCAACCAUCAUGAAGGCUGAUCACAUUGUGGUCGUUAUGAACGGCAAGGUUGUCGAGCAAGGAUCUCAUGACGAACUCAUUCAUACGAAUGGCAAAUAUCAUGACCUGUGGUCAAAGCAAAUCUUUGUCAAGCCCAUCAAAAAGAGCCGUUCAAGAUCGCGAAGCCCUCAGAAGCGUGAUGCGAGCAUCAUCAAUGAUCUGACACCAAGCAGGCAGAGGGUCGAACUCGUGAAGGCCAUGAAGACAACUCGUCACGAAGAACCGAAGAAGGAUGAGGUGAAGCCAUCGGUUGACGGAGACAAGCCGGACACCGAGACGAAGAUCGAGAAGAAGAUUGAGGAGAUUGGCCACAAACGUGAGGGUUCGAAGUUGAAGCCAGAUGCGCCGGAAUUUGUUCCCGGUCAAUCCGUAUCAUUGUCACUGCCAACGACUCCCAUUUCUAAGGCAGAGGCGAAGGAAGCUGUCAAGGCACAAAAAAAGCAGGAGAAAGAAGAGAGAAAGAUUGCAAGUUUGACGAAGAAAGCUGAGAAGAAGGCCGCCAAGGCUGCCGAUAGACAUGGAAUGGAUGGGAAUGCUUCCAUUGCGGACGAAUCCCAAUCUGCCGGUAUCUCAAAUGAUAUCGCAGAAGGUGAAAUAUCCCGAGUUGACAAACCCGGAGCAAAGCGCACCCGCUCCUCUAUUCGUCGGCACCAAACCAAGAGCGAACCAGCAAAUCGUCCAAAUGAUUCUCUCGAUGGUCAGCAGGAUUUGGACAUGACUCCUGUCAGUUCAGGUGAAGGACAGCCAUUGUUGCCAAAUGCAGCAGCGCAACGCCGUCGAGUUUCAGCCCCGAGUGAUCCCCCUGCGCAGCAGGAGACUCGCAACACUCGACACCGUCGCAAUCGGCAUUGGAGAUUGAAGAAUCGCAAUGCUGAGAAACUUGGUGCCGGGAGCGGAUCAACGGCCUCCUCUUCAGGAACGUCAAUGGAUGAUAUUCCCGGUCCUCCACCUCCUCUUCCUUCUCCUGCUGCUGGUAUUCCUCAGAAAAGCAGUGCUCCAAAAGUGAGCUUUGCGAUGCCAUAACUGGGAUACCACCCUUUCCAGCGCCGUUGGUUCUUUCACUUCACGGGUUAUCACUUUCGAAAUGUAGCGUUUACGAGUUAUCCUCCCAACGUCGCCAGUGCGUACAUCAAUCGCAAUUCUCUGCAUCAGUUUUAUACCUUCAUCUUCUACAUAGUCAGCCUUGGUCCCAUCCAUCCGUCUGGGAGUGGCUUGUUCUGAUUUGAGUGCCAUCGCGCAAAAUCACCGGGAGGGAAUUAUGUGACUUAGAACCAGUUAUAGACUUCAGCAGGAGGUUAUGGAGGUAAAAUUAUUGGCAUGUUAACAUGAAUUCAGUGGCAGGCAAAACUGGGGAUUUGGGUUUCGACUUGUUUAGGGUCGGUAUCAGAUAUUUGGUAUUCCUCUCACGGGGACAUAAUCAGUAUUGAAGUUACCUUAGGUAGUCGGCGAAAUUCGUGUUUGUAUCUUAUUUGUAGCAAUUCCACCGCAGUGGAACCCAUGGAGUGAUUUGGGCAGACGUGGGUGACUACAGUGAACCUCCCCUUGUUGUUUCGUGAUAGCCUACCUAUAUACCUUAAAGGAGAAGCCGGAUCUGGUCCCACCGUGGGGACGGUCUCUUUGG